AUGUGGGCACGCACGCAACUGGCCUGGCAUAAGAAGUUGCCCUUCAACGGGGAGCACCUGAAGCUUAUGGGUCAGCUCUUCGACUACUUGCGCGCGAUUGAGUCUUGGGCAGACUUGGAUGGAGGUCAUUGGGAGGAGCAUUCUGCCAUCCAUGCAUCUUCCAUUGGGCCACCGUUAGCAGCGGUGAAGCUUUUCACGAAGGUGGCUGCCAGGGACGGCUUCUUGCCCCCCUGCAAAUCCGACACCUUGGAGGUCCUUGAAAAGAAUCUGCAGGCGGCCUUGUUGAAGAUCCUUCCGGGGGAGAUUACUUUUCCUGCUGAGCUGGCCAGAGAUGCGGAUGCAGCGGCGGUCUUCUUGGCAUAUCCCUUGGAGGUCGUAGACGACCAACUGGGACUUCAGAUCAUGGAGCGCCUCACAAAGGUCAUGGGCCAUAUUGGCAUGUGCCGUUACAGAAAGGAUAGCUAUUGGUGCAAGGACUACAAAGACAAGGUUGGAGAUGAUCCGACCAAACACUUCACAGAUGAAGAACUGAAGGAACGGGACAGGCUCCUUCAAGAGGGAGAAGAAGCGCAGUGGUGUCUUUUUGAUCCGAUGGUUAGCGCCUUCUAUGGCCGCAUGUACCAGAAGACCCAGGACGAAAAAACCAGAAACGCGGCUGAACGACGGCGGCUGAAGGAUGCGCAGUAUUUGAAGCUCCAGCAGCUUUUUCUGGCCAGGUCUUUGGCGGCCAUUACAGGAGAUGACUGCCCCUAUGGUCCAUGGCACUGUGCAGAGGAGCGGGGCCGGCCGGCUACCUUCAUGGUGCACUUGCCUCCGUUGGGGCGGUCCGAGGACGAGAAAGCCGUGGGGCCAGUGAGUCCAAAGAGUUUCUCCAAUGUCAUUGAAGCCAUUGGCUUUGGGAUUCCUCAGUUGAUUGUCGCGGCUCUUUGCGGCUUCAUUUGGGCAGCCGAUGGGGCUGAACUCCUGCUCUUGGAAAGCUGGGCUUCAAAUCCGGCACUGUAUGUGUUUUUCCCCCAAAGCCGAUGUGUUUGA